UCGGCACCAGCGGGGGAGGGGUCUUCGCGGCCGGACCAAAAUAAAAUUAAAAUCAAAAAAUAAAGAACGCUCCCUCUCGGCCGGCCGGCCCUUCCCUCCCCUUCCCAGUCCCGGGCUCAGGGGAGGGGGCGUCCGCAGCGAAGCGCCCCGUCACGCCGGGCUGCCCGCGAGGCGAGCGAGCGAGCGACCCCCGCGGGAUGCCGCCUCAGCCUCCAGCGCGGCCGGGGGAAAGGCAGCCCGCGCUGCGCUGAGGCGACGGAGGAGGAUGCGGGCCGGGCUGUGAAUCGGGGCGGGGGGCGAGCAGCAGCGGCGGCGGUUCGGGGCUUCGGGCGAUGCCCGAGGCCGCCCCCGCCCGCGCCGGCGCCCAGCAUGGAGAAGUCGAGUAGCGAGGAGGGCUCGUCCAUCCGCCGGAGCCCGUCGCUGGAGAGCAAGGAGUCGGACUUCGCCAGAGCCUCGCCGCCGUCGGCCAAGCGCUUCGGCCGAGGCUUCACCGCCGGCGCCUUCUACGGCAGCGCCGGGGGAGCCCGCCGCCAGGCCCGGGCGGGAGCCGCGGGGGCCGGGCCGCCCAGGGACGAGGCCCGAGGCGACGGCGGCGGCAGCAGCAGCAGCAAAUACCUGGUCUUUUACCUGGACCUCUCCUUCGUCUUCCUCCUAGAGUUCCAGAAGUGCAGCAUGGCCCGCGGCUGCCUCUGCUGUCUGAAGUACCUGGUCUUCCUCUUCAACCUGGUCUUUUGGUUGUGCGGCUGUGGGCUCCUGGGCGUGGGAAUAUGGCUCUCCGUCUCCCAAGGAAACUUUGCCACGUUUUCUCCCAGUUUCCCGUUGCUGUCGGCUGCCAACCUGGUCAUCGCCAUUGGUACCGUUGUCAUGGUAACGGCCUUCCUGGGCUGCCUGGGUGCCAUCAAGGAGAACAAGUGCCUGCUUUUAAGUUUUUUUGUCGUUUUGCUGAUCAUUCUCCUGGCUGAGCUGAUAGUGCUGAUUUUGUUCUUUGUUUAUAUGGACAAGGUGAGCGAAAGCGCAAAGCAGGACUUGAAGGAGGGCCUCAAGCUGUAUAACACAGAAAAUAACGUCGGGCUGAAGAAUGCGUGGAAUAUCAUUCAAGCAGAGAUGCGCUGCUGUGGGGUAACUGAUUACAGAGAUUGGUACCCCGUGUUGGGCGACAACGUUGUCCCUGACAGGUGCUGCAUGGAGAAUUCCCAAGAUUGUGGACGGAAUUCCAACAACACCAGCCUGGUGUGGAAAACGGGAUGCUACGAGAAGGUCAUGACGUGGUUUGAAGAUAACAAGCACAUCCCUGGGGCUGUUGCAAUGUGCCUCCUCAUAAUACAGAUUCUCGGCAUGGCCUUUUCCAUGACUCUCUUCCAGCAGAUUCACAGGACCGGUAAAAAAUACGAUGCCUAAAAUACUGUUUUGUAACUUCAUUCAGCCCUUCUCGGUUGCCACAGAACAACAACUGCAGAAAAACAAACAAACAAACAAAAAAAACAACACGAAUCCGUUUGUCUGACUUUGGGGCUGCCUACCCCGCUUUGGUUUCUUGGUGGCCUCUUUUUCCAAGACGGAUUAAAACCGAGCACAUGUAUUUACAGGACCUUUUUUAUACCUUCUCGGUCAUUGUUUUGCCAAAGAAGAUGGAGACUUUCCUGAACGCAAACCAGUUUUCUACUCCUACUCAAAGGUCCCCGUGUCUCCCCUUGUAGGCGGAGUAACGUUCUAGUACUGAUCGGCAUUAGACUCUGAAGGUAACCCACGGAUGUGUCCAUUAACUUUUUAAAAUAAUUUUCUUUUUCUUUCUUUCUUUUUAAAUGGCUUGUACCCAACCUGGCACUGGGACUUGAACGAAGCCAUUCCGAUGACUUGGAUCUAUUUGGACCGAGAGGUUUGGGUGGCGGGAGGGUCUUGGGGUACCUUACUAUAUCUUACAGAAUAUUAAGUAUUUUCCUUUCUUUGCUUUUUUUUUCCAUGUCCCCCCCCCUCCCCAAAUUCAAUGGUGCAGUCUUUGGAAGAAAAAAAAAUACAAUUUUUUUACUGUUUUAAAUUUAAAACGGAGAGGAACGAUGCGGCUGUUUCUGUUAACAAUAAGUUGAAAAGAGACUUGGCAGCUGCAGGAAGUUGCAGAUGGACCAACACGCACAAGUUCCCAAACCUCAACCACGUGUGGCGUGGGAACGCGCGUCCUGCAUGCUGAUUGGUUGAUCCGACUUCCUGUCGGGUGAGUGGCAGGGCAUGUUCCCUGUGCUUUGUUGUUUGAGCGGAAACAGCCCCCCCCCCAGCCAGAAGGUGAACAUUUGCCAAAGUAUAAGCGCUAUGCAACCGUCUCCGAACGACAGACAUGAACGUUCCCUGAAGUGCAGAGACACUGAAGUCUAAACCAGGCUUAAGCUGGAAUCCCGCAGUGGGAAUUCUGGGACCAGGGCAGAUUCUUGGAUACAUACAUACCUCAUAUUUUUCGGUUGGAGAUCUUGCCCAUAAGGCAGGGGUGGGGAACGACGCCCGUGUUGGCGCAGUGGUGAGAAUGCAGCAUUGCAGGCUGACUCUGCCCACCGCCGGCAGUUCGAUCCUGACCGGCUCAAGGUUGACUCAGCCUUCCGUCCUUCCCAGGUCGUUAAAAUGAAGAGCUAGAUUAUUGGGGGCAAAUAUGCUGCCUCUGCAAACUGCAUAGGGAGGGCUGCAAAGCACUAUGAAGCGGUAUAUAAGUCUAAGUGCUAUUGCUCUUCCUUCCUUCCUUCCUUCCUUCCUUCCUUCCUUCCUUCCUUCCUUCCUUCCCUUCCCUUCCCUUCCC